ACACAGCAAGAUCAAACAUUAAAAGCACCGGCUACACAACGUACACAACACUGAUUCGUCGUCGUAACCCGACACACACAGAUUCUCUACGCGCAUGCGUUGAUUUUUCGGAAGUAGGCAGCAAUUACGUGUGUACAACACUUUCAUAAAAUAUUGAACUAUAGGAACACAAGCGCAGUGCCAUAUUCAUUUGUUCAGAACAUGUAUACACUUCUUCACAAUGACAUUCAACCACACAAGAAUACUAGUUCAAGGUUUCAACCAUUUAUAUUAUCACGGAAUCAAAAUAUCUUUUAUCAACCUGUUUAAUAGAGAAAAUGAGAGUGUGCAAUAUUUAAUUCAUCUGUACCUUGUACACAUCUCAUUGUUUUUAUUAUUUUCGCACCCAAAGCUGAUCCAAUGCCACACUUUAUUCUAUAUCAAUAGUAUUUAGGGAGGAAUUUCGAUGCCUAAUUAUGGAUAGGGCUUAUGACUAAUGAUAAUAAGAAAAAAAUGUUUAAAGACACUUUAAUUCAUUUAAUACUGAAGUAUAAUUUAUGUCACAAGAAUUUGUCUUUGUAACGAGCGCAUGAAAAGCUGAUUUGUAAACAAUUUGCAUAAUAAUAUUCAAUUACACGAAAUGAAUAUUUUUAUCACAUAGCCGAGUAAUCUAAAAAGGAUGCGGACGUAGGAAGAGCUAGGAUUUGCGGUAAAGGUCACAAAUUUCAGAGGCAGACACGCAUGCGCAUGCUGAACUUGUUGAGUGUUUUAUAGUCACUUCAGUACUUGGAAGUCGGAAGACACCAGGUCAGACAGGAACAAGGGAUGCAAUUAACGUUUAAUUAGGACGGAUUUUCUGGAUUACAGUACAUGUUACUGUAACGACUUGGCGCGAAUCAGGACAUCCCAAAAAUGCAGCAAGCAGUGAUGGAAGAGGACGCAUCUUACGAGCCCCCCACCUACACAUAUGACGAGGUUUUCCCAGCUUUACCCGAAUCUGUUAAUUCUUCACCUACAGUGAACCAACUGGGACAAUGGAACAACAAAAUGAGAAUUGGCUCUUCUGUGGUCACCCAGGUUUUCCGUGUACCCUUUGAAGAAAGAAAGUUUGAUCACAGUGACAAAUUUGGUGAAGGAGAAUCUUUAAGAACAUGUUUGAAAAUAAUGCAAGAAACUGGUGCACAUAUUGAAACAUCAUCAUCUAAAGACCAAUCUCUCACAUUUUUGGUGUCAGGCAAACAAAAUGCUGUUUUGGAUGCGAGACGAAGAAUUUUAACUCAAUUCCAAACUCAGGCUAAAACGACCAUAUCAAUCCCCAAGGAGCACCAUCGGUUCAUACUGGGCAAAAAUGGAACAAAAUUGAAAGAUUUGGAGAAAAAUACUGCAACCAAAAUUACAGUUCCCAGUGUAAAUGACACAUCUGAAGAGAUUACAGUGACAGGAACUAAAGAAGGUAUUGAAAAGGCAGUUCACGAAAUUCAAGUUACCUCAGAUGAACAGUCAAAGCAAGCAUGUGAAACUGUCAGUGUACCAAAAAUGUAUCAUCCAUUUAUUACGGGAGCCCAUCAUUCUAUUGUAAAUGCCUUAAUGACUGAAACUGGAGUGCGAAUAAAUGUACCACCACCAUCGGUGCAGAAAGAUGAGAUCAUUAUUGCUGGUGAGAAGGAAGGUGUAAUGCUUGCCAAGGAGCGUAUCAUAGCAAUCCAUGAUGAUAUGCAAAGAAAUUGCAGUUCUGUGUCUGUUGAGGUUCCUAAGUCUCAACACAAAUACGUGAUUGGGCCUCGGGGCAGUACACUUGCAGAGAUUUUGCAAACAUAUGGUGUGAGUGUAGAAAUGCCCACGAAUGAAUCCAGCACUGUUACAUUAAGAGGACCUCAGACAAAGCUUGGUUAUGCUCUCAACUUGGUGUAUGAAAAGGCCAACAGCUGUAAAGCAACAAAAGUGGAAGCUCCAAAUUGGAUUCAUAAGUAUAUCAUUGGCCGUAAAGGUGCUAAAAUCCGUGCUUUUGCCCAGGAGUUUCAAAAGGUGCAUGUAGAGUUCACUGACAAGGACAUCCACAUUGAAGGGCCAUGCGACGAGGUGGAGCGUGCGCAAGCGCGAUUGCAGGAAAUUGCUCAGGAGCUCAUGUCUGAAUUAACAUUUGCUGAAUUGCCUGUGGAUCCAAAAUUCUUCAAGCAUAUAAUAGGGAAAAAUGGUGCCAAUGUAACUCGCAUGCAGAAUGAAUUGGGAGUUACCAUUAACAUAAGUGAAGCUGAUGGAUCAAAUUCAAUCAGGAUUGAAGGCAAUAAGGAAGGUGUACAGAAAGCAGAACAGAAACUCUCUGAAAUGGUAUUCAAACUUGAAAAUGAAAAAGAAAAAGAUCUCAUUAUAGAACAGAGAUUUCAUCGAAGCAUUAUUGGGAGCAAGGGAGAGAAAAUAAGAGAUAUCUGUAAAAUGUUUAAUCAAGUUCAAAUUACCUUCCCUGGACCUGUAGAAAAGAGGGAAGUGGUAAAAGUGCGGGGACCACGUGAAGAUGUGGAUCGAUGUGCUAAGUACCUUAUGAAUCUAGUUAAAGAGCUAAAAGAAUGCUCUCAUCAAUUGCAGGCUAAUAUUGUCACCGAAGAAAUAGUCAUUCCUCCAAAAUUUUAUAAUUCUUUAAUUGGUGCAGGAGGCAAGUUAAUCCACUCAAUUAUGGAUGAAUGUGGGGGUGUGCAUAUUAAAUUCCCUCCUGCAGAUAGCAAUAGUGAUAAGGUGACAGUACGAGGUCCAAAGGAUGACGUGAUGAAGGCUUGUCAGCAGCUUCGUGAAUUGACAUCUGAACGUCAGCUCUCUAGCUUUACUGCAACAGUGCGCGCAAAGCCUCAACAUCACAAAUUCCUCAUUGGCAAGAAUGGUGCUAACAUUAAAAAAAUCAGGGACCAGACCGGGGCUCGUAUCGUCUUCCCUUCAGAGAAAGAUGAACAAAAGGAUGUGAUAACAAUCAUUGGCAAACAGGAUGCAGUGGAAAAAGCAAGAGCACAGCUUGAGGCAACUAUUAAAGAAAUUGAUAACAUUGUAGAAAGUAGUAUGACAGUUGAACCAAAACAUCACCGCCAUUUUGUCAUGCGGCGAGGAGAAGUUCUUCAUCGCAUAUCAGAAGAGUGUGGAAACGUUUCCAUUUCAUUUCCUCGACCAGGAGUGGAAUCAGAUCGUGUUGUGCUGAAAGGGGAUAAAGAGUCAAUUGAACGUGCUCGUCAGCGAAUCGAGGAAAUUGUGGAAGAUUUGGAGUCCCGUGUGACUGUGGAGUGUAUUAUUCCUCAAAAACAUCAUCGCACUGUGAUGGGCUCCAAGGGUUGCAAGGUCCAGUAUAUCACCUCUGAACAUGAUGUACAAAUAAAGUUUCCAGAAAGAGAUGCUACAGAGGAGAGCAACGCUAUACCAGCUGAGGGUCAGCAAAAUGGAGAAGUCGAGGAACCUCCCGUGCGCCGCUGUGAUAUUAUCCUUAUCACAGGCAAACAAGAGAAUUGUGAGGCAGCUAAGCAAGCACUGUUAGACUUGGUGCCUGUUACCUUGGAAGUUAAUGUUCCUUUCAACCUGCAUCGUUCCAUCAUAGGGCAGCAAGGUCAAGGCGUACGUGAGUUGAUGGAUAUGUAUGAUGUACAUAUUGUUCUUUCUCCUGCGGAUCAAAAGCUGGAUGUGAUUAAGAUAACUGGAGCUCCAGCAAGUGUACAGCGAGCCAAGACUGCUGUAGAGGAAAUAUGCCAAGAUCGUAUCUUACGUUCUUAUGAACAAAAGAUAGAGGUAGAUCCAGAAUAUCAUCCAAAGAUCAUUGGACGCAAAGGGGCUGUUAUUACAAAGAUUCGCACUGAUCAUGACGUGGCAAUAAACUUUGGAAAGAAAGGCUGUCCAGAUGAAAAUAUUAUUACUAUUACUGGAUAUGAGAAAAAUGUUAAUGCUGCUAAAGAGAGCAUAAUGAAAAUUGUUAAUGAACUGAAUGCUAAUAUCAAAGAGGAAGUGGAGCUGGAUGCACGUGUUCAUUCUCGAUUAAUUGGGUCUCGUGGGCGCAAUAUCCGACGUAUCAUGGAGCAGUAUAAAGUUGAUAUUAAAUUUCCUCGGCCAGAUGGCAAUCCAAAUUUAGUUACUAUAAUUGGGCAAGAAGAAAAUGUGCAGGAUGCCCGUGAUCACUUGCUGAACUUGGAAGAAGAAUUUAUGCAGGAUGUAACAGAAGCUGAAAUUCGUGAAAGUUAUCGCCCCAGCUUCGUGGCGUUUGGCCACGGCGACGAGGACGGCUCCGCUGGCAGCAAUGGGGCAGCCGCGGCAGGCUUCGUGGUGAAGGGGGCGCCCUGGGAGCAGCGCGCUCCAGACACCGCCAGCACCCAAGAGUUCCCUUCCUUCGCUGGCGCGGGCGAAGCCCCUCCUGCUGCCCCUCCAGCAGGAGCAUGGGGAUCACGUCGUGCCACGUAGCUCUCCUUCACUUCUUAUUUUGUCAAUAUUUGUGGUGGGAAUUGCAUUGUAGGUAACAUUAAAAAGAUAAUUAUUGAUAGAUCUAUUGCAUCUGACAAAGUGAAUUGCAUCAGGGGAUGCCAAAGUUACUUUUCCAAGAAAUCACUGCUUCUUAUUUCAAUAAAUAGCUACAUUGCAUGCAAUCACUGAUGUGGAGCUUGGACCCAGGACUGGCGCCUAUCCUUGGGUGCCCUGCGCCAGUCCUGCGUGAGCUCCUGGUUCCGUAAGGUGGCUCCCCAUCCCUCACUGCCUGCUGCAUUAACGACCCGGGCCUGCGAUCUCUGGACUGCGACAAUUGGUACUGGCUGAUUGGAUGUACACUCAAGGUCUUCCCCUCUACUGCAUCGCUACUACUGGACUCGUCUCUGGUCCAAGUCCUGACUUAGUGUCUGGUGCCCUGGGGCAGAGGAAUUUUAGGCAACAAGAACAGCACACUGACUUUUGCUGCUCAGUUGUAAAGUGUUUUAAAACAAAACAAAUCUUUUAAAUGAAUGUGCCAUGGGAAUGCUACGUCAUUUUCAUUAUAGUAUACUCUAUUUAUACUAGAUACUUAUGUUGGUGUGUUUGCUCAAGUUGCGUUCAGCUUCUCUGCCCAAGGGCUGUUUACAAGAGAUGUUAAUAUUUUUUAAAGAUUAUUUUGUUUGUUUGCAGAAGCAGGCAAAGGAGCAGCCUCCCCAUUUGUAACUUUUUAUUAGAUGUUUAGUUUGAAAUGUGGGACUUACAUUGUAUACUUUAUCUCUUUUGUUCCUUUCCCUAUAUAAGAACAACUGCCUUAGCAUAAUAUGGGUGAAGGAGGUUUAUAUACUACAUAUAUAAUUAUAUAUAUAUACAUACAUUACUAAAAAGAGAGAAAUUAUCUUAAGUUUAUAUCAAAUUCAAUCUGAGCACUGUGCAGUGAUAUAGUGAAAUCAACAAGAAGAUUACUGUAAGGCAUUUGUAUUGAUACAACUCCAUAGUAGCCUCCACUUGUGGUGCUAUGCUAGGUGAGAAUUGCGAAUAAAGUUCAUAUAUUAUACAAUUGUGUGUUUUCAUUUUCCAAGCAUUCUGUUUACUAUUUUUGAAGAAUUUACACUCCAUAUUUGAAAGCCUGUGUCUUUGCACUACAGUGUUAUGGAGCACUUUUUAAAAAGUUGAUUACAG